AUGAGUUUAGUAGGCGGGUGCAAAUGGCAAGAUCCACACACUUCUAAUAAAUCUUGCACCUUCGCAAUGGAAAGUAUUACCGUUAUUACCAACCCUAUUGUAAAAGUGCGACUCACCAGCACGGUUUCGUCUUUUGAGUCUAUAGGCAAAUUUAACAGGGGCAUAACUAUAGCAGAAUUGAAGGGAAAGCUGGAAAUGAUUAUUGGUGCCGCCGCCACUUCCAUGGAGCUUGAGUUGUUCAGUGUUACUGACCAGUUUCUACAGAAACUUGAAGAUAAUGAAGCUUUACUGGGUUCGUUUCCUGUGGAUGAUGAUUGCAAGAUACAUGUUAUUGAUAAAAGUGGAGGUCUUUUGGGAGAAUUCAGUGAUGUUUCCAAAGUAGACAAAUUUGAACUUCCAGAUGAAGAAUAUGAAAAACGAACAGACACAGCAAGGUAUUUUAUGAAAAAACAACGUGUCGGCCGUUUUAAUGAAGAAGAAACGACCAAAAAGAAAGCUGAACUUGCAGCUCGGGACGAGGAACAAAGAGUUGCAGCAGAGGCUAUCAGUGUUGGAAGUCGUUGUAAAGUGGUGGUCCCUGGGCAGCCCACCAAGCUUGGUUCAGUUAUGUUUGUUGGCACAACAGAUUUCAAGCCUGGACACUGGGUGGGUGUGAAGUAUGACGAACCUUUGGGGAAAAAUGAUGGAAGUGUUGAUGGAAAGCGCUACUUUGAAUGUCCAAACAAAUAUGGUGCAUUUGUAAAGCCAUUGAGUCUGAUCGUAGGAGACUUUCCUGAAGAAGAUUAUGGUUUGGAUGAAAUACAGGGACAAGGAAAGAUGGCGACGCAGGAGACGGAGCCGACUAAAGCCACCGUGACCAACGGAGAGGUCAGUACCAAUGGCAGUGCAACCACGGCAGAUGAUCAAACAGUCCAGGCGGCUGGAAAUGCACCGGACCCGCAGCAGCAACCCCCACAGCCACCUCCAAAUGCAUGGCAAGUCAUCAAAGGAGUCCUCUUUAGAAUUUUUAUUAUAUGGGCCAUUAGUAGUUGGUUUCGAAGAGGCCCAUCUACACCUGACCCCAACACUCCAGCCGGGGCACCCAGAGUUCCCAGCAGAAACCUCUUUGCCAAGGAAACACUCAUGGACAUGUACGUCUUUCUUUCCCAAGAAGAAGUUUUCGCCGACUUCAACAAUACGGACGCCCUGUUCUGGUUCCACAGGGAUCUGGUCUAUGGAGACUGGACCCUAGGAGAGAGUGGAGACGGAUGUUAUGAGCACAACAAGGAGAUUGACAUCCCAGAGGAAGUACAGAAAAAUGGUUCUCUUUACAUACACGUAUACUUCACCAAAAGUGGGUUCCAUCCAGACCCAAAACGUAAGGGGCAGUAUCGCAGACUAGCAACAGUUCAUGCAUCAAGAAUGCUAAAUAAGUUCAAACGGAGGAAGUUUCUCAAGACUAAGAACUUACUCACGGGGGAGACUGAAGCAGAUCCUGAGAUGAUAAAGCGGGCCGAGAGUCAUGGACCAGUAGAGGUCAUUUCCCAUUGGCAUCCCAAUCUCACCAUCAACAUGGUAGAUGAUCACACAGCUUGGGUCAAAGGCUCUGUUCCUCCUCCUCUUGAUCAACAUGUUAAGUUUGAUGCCGUGAGUGGUGACUAUUACCCGAUUGUUUACUUCAAUGACUACUGGAACCUUCAAAAGGACUACUAUCCCAUCAAUGACACUCUGACGAAGCUCCCCCUUCGCCUCGCCUUCUGUCCUCUCUCUCUGUGGAGGUGGCAGCUGUACGCAGCCCAAAACGCACGCUCGCCAUGGAACUUCCUUCCUGAGGACACGUAUGAACAGUCUGAUGAAGAUCAAGAUUCUGUCAAGGUGGCCCUUCUGGAGACCAACCCAUAUCUCCUUGGACUGACUAUUGUGGUGUCAAUUGUGCACAGCAUUUUUGAGUUUUUAGCUUUUAAAAAUGAUAUCCAGUUUUGGAACAGCCGGCAGUCUUUGGAAGGCUUGUCAGUACGAUCGAUUACCUUUGGUGUGUUCCAGUCAUUAGUGGUACUGCUGUACAUCCUGGACAACGAAACAAACUUUGUUGUUCAAGUCAGCGUCUUCAUUGGCCUUCUUAUUGACCUAUGGAAAAUCACCAAGGUCAUGGACGUCAAAUUGGAUAGAGAAAACAAAAUCGCUGGAUUGAUUCCGAAAUUGGUAUUGACAGACAAAUCAACAUAUGUGCAGUCCUCAACCAAGAUCUACGAUGAUAUGGCAUUUAAAUACCUGUCCUGGUGUCUGUAUCCUCUGUUUGGCUGCUAUGCGGUCUACAGUUUAUUGUAUGUAGAGCACAAAGGCUGGUACUCCUGGGUACUCAGUAUGCUUUAUGGAUUCUUGUUAACUUUUGGUUUUAUCACCAUGACACCACAGCUUUUCAUCAACUACAAAAUGAAGUCUGUGGCACACCUCCCAUGGAGGAUGCUGACAUACAAAGCCCUCAACACCUUCAUCGAUGAUCUGUUUGCCUUCGUCAUCAAGAUGCCCAUGAUGUACAGGAUAGGAUGCCUCAGAGACGAUGUGGUCUUUUUCAUUUACCUGUAUCAGCGCUGGAUCUAUCGAGUGGAUCCCAACAGAGUCAAUGAGUUUGGCACCAGUGGAGUGGACCCGACCCAGAACAACACUGCAGCAGGAGAAGUAACGUCCUCUGAGGCAACAGCAAUCGCCGACAAAUCAGAUGGAGAGAAGAAGAAUGAUUAA